CUCGGUCUCCCUACGCAGCCGAGUCCCGGCGGCGCGUGGGCGCGUCUGUCGGUUUCCGGGAGGCCGUGGAAGACGCUCGCUGACGCAAUUUCUGAGCGUCCCAAUCCCGGGCCCCGGGGGGCGGGCUCUGCGGAUUUGAAAUCCAGCGCUGCUACGGGAAUCAGGGUUUCUCUGGGUUCCUGUUGAAGUUCUGCCUGGAAACUUGUGUUGAUUGAAUUUUCUAUAAAAAGUAUUUUGUUGCCACUGUCUUAUCAAGAUGAUUGCAACAUCUUUGAAACAUUCAGGAAUUCAUUUGUCUUCUCCAAGAAGUAUGCCUAUAGAUGCAGUCUUUAUUGACAGCAUCCCUUCAGGCACACUUACUCCUAUAAAAGAUUUGGUGAAAUAUCAGAAGUCCUCUCUGAAGUUGAAUGACUAUCAAAAGAAUCCGUUAUUAGAAAUGGCAACUUCUAACAAUAAAAACAUAUUUCAAUCCACCAUGCUCUCAGAGGCUGCCCCUUCAAACAGGGAUCUUGAUAUCAGUGCUAUAAAGUCCAAUGUGAAUGGAUUAAGAAAUGAAAUGAACUGUGAAACACCAAGAAAAAUCUUUCAGCGAAUGAAAGAAAAAGUACAGCAUGGCAAACAAGAACAGGCAUCAAGGAGCAGUAGCAUGCUGGGAUCACCAAAAUGCAAACAUAAUCAAGUCCUCACUUCUAACAGAGAUGAGAAAAUUCAGUUGCAACAAACCUACCUCUGUGAAGAAAAAAAAGAACCAUUCCAAUCCGAGCUUCCAGUUUUGAACCAAGAACAAGAAAAUGUUACAGCUUCAAGCAUCUCAAGCAAGACAUUAACCAGAGCUCAGUUUGCUAAACAACUUCUUCAUUCAAAGGAGAACACUGUUAAAACCACUGUGUCCAAAAAAGACACAUUUGUUUUGGAAGACAUUGAUUCUACUUAUGAAAAGUUUGAAAAUACUCAUAUUAAGACUGUUAGUAUUCGUUGUGUUCCUAUUAAGAAUCAUAGUCAGUUGAUAACUUCUGACAAUGACAUGUCAACAGAAGGAACUACAAAAGAGGAUAUUUUAGAAAAAAAUAAAAAUACAGGUUUGAGAAGGACUAUUCAUCAAAAUUCCAUAAAAGAUACCUUUGAAAUUAUACCUGCAAGUCCAAUACUUAAACGAACAGUAUCUCGCCAGUCUCAAAGGCAGGUCUCAAAGCUUGCAAGGAUUGUUAAACAAUACCAGGCAGUCCAGCUACAGGAAUGGAUGAUUAAAGUCAUCAAUAAUAAUACAGCUAUAUGCGUAGAAGGAAAACUGGUAGAUAUGACUGAUGUUUAUUGGCAUAGUAAUGUAAUUGUAGAGCGGAUUAGACACAAUGAACUUAGGACAUUAUCGGGCAACAUUUAUAUAUUAAAAGGAUUGAUAGACCAGAUUUCCAUGAAAGAAGCAGGGUAUCCCUGUUAUCUCAUAAGAAAAUUUAUGUUUGGAUUCCCCCGAAAUUGGAAGGAACACAUUGAUCAUUUUCUAGAACAAUUAAGGGCUGGAGAAAAGAACAGGAAUGAGACCAGUCAGAAAACUGCAAGACUUCAUGAAAAACAAAAAUCAAUGAAUAAUGAUGCAAAAGAUAAACAGACAGAUGUCCUCCAGAAGGCCAACAUCACUUAUGACCUUACUAAUGAUAACUUGGAAAUGAAGAAAAAUAAGCACGAUGGGUUGCCAGGAGCUGCGGAAAUAAACAUUGGAUAUAAUAAUUGUAGAAAUAAGCCACAGUUAAGGCUCUUAAAUAACCAAGAAUUAACUGAAAAAGAAGAUUGCAGAAAAUGUCCUUCAAAAAACUUUGAUAAUUCUGAAGAAAUAAAUGAAGAGAAAAUUCGAAGUCAGAAGCAAGAGAUUUUGGUUUUGGUUUGGUUUUGUUCAAUGAAAAAAGAGAGUACUGAAGUAUUAAGUGUACCCGUUGAUGCCCUGAAAUCACCAGAACCGACUGCCUCUGACAAAGACAGAAAAUACCUGCAUCAGAAUCAGAAGGAAGUGUAUGUUUUAGUAACACCACUUAAAACUAGACAGGUGAUAGAGCAAAGAUGUAUGGAGCACAAUCUCUGUAUCAAAGGAGUACCAGAUGUUUUCAAAUCAAAGCCUGAAGAAGACAGUGAGUCAGAUGUGCAUGUAAGUUCUACCCAUAAGUCCUCAGAGACCUUUGAAUACAAUGUGAGUUAUAAAAGUUACCCCAAAGAAGAUUGCAGUGAAUGUGAUAUACUGACUGUCAGACAGAAAAUUCAGAUACCUUGCUCUAAAAAUAAGCAAAUGGUCACCAGUGAUUUUAAGAAGAAUUAUAAGUUGCCCUCGAAAUUGAAAACCAAAAGUCAAGCAGCCGGAUCAUCUUAUAGCCAGUGCUCAUCACUUUUGUCAUGUAAUGAGAAUGAAAUAGAGAUCAGAAGUAAAACCAGAGCAAAAAACACCAAAGAAAGGCUGACUGACGAGAGAAAGAACAUAUGCAAUGUCACAAAAGAUAUGCUACUGGUUUCAUACUCUAAAGGUGACACUGGUUCUCAUAUUGAAUCCAAGAAACCUAGUUCUUCUGCUAAAGAAACUCUUCCAAAAUCUGGUGUUAGCAAGGACUUUCCAGUUGAAGUUAAGGGAUCUGAUACAAGGAACGAGCGUCUGUUAGGCCACUAUCUACCUGGUUUAAUUGAUGAUGAGGAAUGGAAUGAACAAGAAUUGCAGAGGCUUCAUCGUGCUUUUACGUCUCUUCCAAAGCACAAGCCUGGUUUUUGGUCAGAUGUAGCUAUGGCAGUAGGUUCUCGAACUGCUGAGGAAUGCCAGAGGAAAUACAUAGAAGAACCCCAAGGCAAAAGAUCCCAAAAACAUGUCUCAAAGAAAAAGCAAGCCAAUUUCAAGGUCCAAAAUGGUGAGAAAGACAGUGCUGAUGAGAAAAAGACUAUUAAGAUCACUGCUAGAGUGGGAACUCUUAAAAGGAAACGACAAGUGAGGGAUUGUCUGGAGCAGUUGCCAAAAGAUAACCAUGAUGAUUUUUUCACUGCAACACCCUUGCAGAAACAAAGAAUACUGUUGCCGAGCUUUCAAUACAGUCAAGAUGAUGAUUUUCUGCUAGAUAUGGACAGGAAUCCAGUAUCUCCAUUAUCAAUUACUUUGCCAUUGACAGACACUCCACAGUGUCAGCAUGUCAGUCCUGGUAUGCUAGCCUCUGUAAAAAGUGAUGAUUAUGAUAAAUAUGUUUUCCAUAUGCAAAAAAAUGCUAAAAAAUUUGGCAGGCGUAAAGGAGGCCUUGCCUGGGGCAACAUUAGGAAAAAAACAGUUGAAAAUGAUUUGUCAUCUCCAACACCAAUACGAAAAGCCCUGUUUAACAAAGAUUUAGGUGAUAACACUGCUAUUUCAAAGUAUUUCGUUGAUGCCAUAGAAUCAGAUGAAGAAGAGAAAGAUUAUUACUUUUCAAAUUCUGAUUGAUAGUAGGACUUUUACCAUCAAGCAGAGCAUACUUGUAUUGUCAUUUGAAGAAUGGGUAUUGUCCUUGUAAUAAGGGAAUGCAGAUUUGUUUCCCAAAGAUGUCUUAUAUUUGUGUGCAAGGUUAACAUCCUAUAGAAUAUUCCUUAGUGUUGCAAUAAAACACAAGUAAAACUUCUUUGCCUAUGUAUGUAUUUAUUUUAUUUUUGUAAUAGGAAAGUAUGUAAAGCUUAAGUUUCUUGAACACCCAAGUCUGUGUACUUUAGUAAUCAUGUCUCAAAUAGGUUUUUAAAUACCUUUUUAAAAACAUAGAAGUCAGGAGAGAGGGGGCUGGAGUUAAAGAGCUUGGAUUGGUGGAUACUUGAAUGAAAACUUGUAGUAUCUUGCCACCUGGUAUAAGCCAGAGUUCGUUGACUAUUUAAAUUAUGUUAUUCAAAUUGUUUUUUUUUUAUGUUCUAUAUGUUUUCUUCUAAUAGUUUUUCUUAAAAUUUACCAUAAGUUGGUCUGUUUGUGAAACCUCUAUCUCUAAUUCAUUACUCUUUAUUACUUUGUGAAGGGUACCAGAGGACAGCUUCUGUUGUAUUCUUGAGCCGUGUCAUGUAUAGUUGAUAGAUCCACCGUUAUAAGGAAUUACUAGGUCAUAAUAACCAGGUUUUCCCUUUCCAAUAGCGCCUUUAGAAGCUUGAAAUAAGUUAUUUGUCCUCAGGUUACACUAUAUAUUCAUUUAUCCUUUGUGCUCAGACUGUUCAAAUAAAAUGUUAAAUUUGUGUAGUA